CGGCCCGGCGGGCGGGGGCGGGGGAGGGGCGCGAGCGCGGCGCCGAGGCCGGGGAGGAGCCGGGGCCUGCAGCGGAGCCGAGCCCGAGCCCGAGCCCCAGCCGAGCCCCGACACGGCCCGCCCGGCCUGCCGCCUUCCCCGGGAGCCCCGAGCCGGCCGGAGCCCGAGCGCGCCCCGCGCCACCCCCGGGAGCGGAGCGGACGGGACGGGGGACUCCGAGGAGGCGCUGGCGCCGCCCGCGCCCGCGACGGGAGUCGGGAGCCGCGGCCUCCCGGCGCCAGCUGCCCAGGCCAGCGCGGGGAGAGCGGGGAGGACGCGAUCCCCACCCUCGGGUCACCCCCCCACCAGCCGCGGGGGCCGGAGCGCGGACCUUUCGCCGUCGGGCGCGGGCGCGGGGAGCCUCCCUCCCGCCCCCCCGUGGGGCGCCGCCGCGGCGCUCGGUGCGAUAGAGGCGAGCGCAGCCCCCCGCGCAGGCCCGCGACGAGACGCCCAGAAGUGCAAAAGGGGGUGAUCCUUCCCGGAGGAGGUUAGGGGGAGCCCGGCCCGGCGCGCCGCCGCCGCCGCCGCCCCUUGCAAGCGCGCGACUCCGGGCGCGGCGGGACUUUGGAGGCGGUGAGCUCCGUGCGCGCCGUCGGUGCGAGCCGGUACUCACGGGGCAGCGGCGUCCUGACAUCCACGAGCGGGGCCCACGCCCGGGAAAGCAGGGGGGUCGGCGUCCAGGAGAGGGGAGCAGCUCCCCCCGUUCAUCCCCUGCGCCUCGACGGCGCGGCCGGGCCGAGCCCGAGCCCUCGGCGCCGAGCUCCUCCCGCCGACCUCAGGAGCCCUCCACUCUCCAAAGAGCCAGUUUGGGGGGGAGGGGGACUCCCCCAAGGGGGAGGAGACAGCGCCUGGUCGGGAGACGCCCCUCCCCUCCUCCCCAGGGUUGCCGGCCGGGGCUGGGGGGUGUACCACCUCCCCCAGGUAGGGCCUCCGUCUCCUCCUCCUCCUCCCCCCCAGCGCCCCUCCGCUCCGCACCCUCUGGGAACCCACUUCCCCUCCGCGGCGGCGGCGGCGGCGGCGGCAUGGGAGGCUCUGCCGAGCACAGGAAGAGCCGCGGAUGACGAUGAGACUCUUCGGCUCCCUUUGAAGAGGGGGAUCCCGGCACCCUCCAACGCCACUAGCAGGUGGUUCCCGCCCUUGGCUGGGGGCACCUUGGAGACCGAGCCCAGAGGCACCAUGGCCUCGGACCUGGAGAGCAGCCUGACCUCCAUCGACUGGCUCCCCCAGCUGACGCUGCGCGCCACCAUCGAGAAGCUCGGGAGCGCCUCGCAGGCCGGACCCCCCGGCGGCAGCCGCAAGUGCCCCCCGGGCUCCCCCACGGAUCCUAACGCCACGCUGAGCAAGGACGAGGCGGCGGUCCACCAGGACGGCAAACCCCGCUACAGCUACGCCACCCUCAUCACCUACGCCAUCAACUCCUCCCCCGGCAAGAAGAUGACCCUGAGCGAGAUCUACCGCUGGAUCUGUGAUAACUUCCCCUAUUACAAGAACGCCGGCAUCGGCUGGAAGAAUUCAAUUCGGCACAACCUUUCUCUCAACAAGUGUUUCCGGAAGGUGCCAAGGCCUCGGGACGACCCGGGGAAGGGCUCCUAUUGGACCAUCGACACGUGCCCGGACAUCUCCCGGAAGAGAAGACACCCUCCUGACGAUGACCUCUCCCAAGACUCACCAGAGCAGGAGGCGAGCAAGAGCCCGCGGGGUGGUGUUCCCGGGGGUGGAGAAGCCUCACUGCCCCCCGAGGGGAACCCUCAGAUGGCACUUCAGAGCCCCACCUCCAUCACCAGCUACAGCCAGAGCUCAGCGUCUGUGGACGGCAGCGGUGCCGUGCCUGCGGGGGCUCCAGGCCGAGACAGCGCCGAGGGCCCCCCGCCCCUGUAUAGCGCCAACCACGACUUCAAAUUCUCCUACUCAGAGAUCAACUUUCAGGACCUGAGCUGGUCCUUCCGCAACCUCUACAAGUCCAUGCUGGAGAAAUCCUCCUCCUCCUCCUCCUCGCAGCACGGCUUUUCGUCGCUCCUGGGGGACAUGCCGCCCUCCAGCAACUACUACAUGUACCAGCAGCCGCCGACCCCCCAGCAGGCCCCGCCCCCCCAGCAGGCCCCGAACCCGCAGCAGGCCCAACCCCCGCCGGGCCAGCCGCCGCCUCCGUCCACCCAGGGCCCCUCGGCCGCCGUCGGGGGCGCCCCCGCGCUGCACACCCCUAGCCCGGACGGUUGUCCCCCGCCCGGAGGAAAGCCCGCGGGGGCCGAGGGCUACGGGCCGCCCCCCGUGAUGGCCCUGCACCCGCCGCCCCUGCAGCACGCAGGGUACCACCCUCAUCAGCACCACCCGCAACAGCCCCCGCCGCAGGCCCCGGGCCAGGCGCCCAUCAACAGCCCAGGCUUCGCCUUUCCUCCCGACUGGUGCUCCAACAUCGACUCCUUAAAGGAGAGCUUCAAGAUGGUCAACCGGCUCAACUGGUCCAGCAUUGAGCAAUCCCAGUUCUCCGACCUGAUGGAGUGCUUGCGGCAGGCGGAGCAGAAGAACUGGAGCCUCGACCCCCACCACAUCGCCAACCUGUGUGACUCCCUCAACCACUUCCUCACUCAGACUGGUCACGUGCCCCCCCAGGGCACCUCCCACCGGCCACCAGCCCCUGCCCGGAUCACUGACUCCUGUGCCCUCACCAGCGGCAAGCAGGAGACCCCCAUGAACCAAGUGAAUUCCUACGGGCACCCCCAAGCCCCUCACCUCUACCCCGGCCCGUCACCAAUGUACCCGCUCCCCGCCCCGGACUCCGCAGGAUACAGCCGUCCAGCCCACCACAUGGUCCCUCGGCCGCCGGUGCCCCCUCCUGGGGCCAACGAGGAGAUCCCCGACGACUUCGAUUGGGACUUAAUCACUUAGUGUGGCGCGGGCCGUGGGCGUCUGGCCCGGGCUGGCCGUGGGAGCUGAGCGCGCCCGGCCGGGCCCUCCCUCCUGGCUGUAUAUAGAUCUCUCUCCCCUCUGUUCCUUUCUCUGUCCGAGAAACCACCACAAGAUGCUGCCGAAGAUAACCCCCCUCUCUCCCGCCUCAGCCUUCCUCUUCUUUCUCAUCCCUCCCACCCCCC